ACGGCGAGUGGUGAGGCUAAGAUGAGCAUAACCAGUGAUGAGGUGAACUUUUUGGUGUAUCGGUAUCUCCAGGAAUCAGGUUUCUCCCACUCGGCCUUCACGUUUGGAAUCGAAAGCCACAUCAGUCAGUCCAACAUCAACGGGACACUAGUGCCCCCGGCUGCCCUCAUCUCCAUCCUCCAGAAGGGACUGCAGUAUGUGGAGGCUGAGAUCAGCAUCAAUGAGGAUGGCACGGUGUUCGACGGCCGGCCCAUCGAGUCGCUGUCACUGAUCGACGCGGUGAUGCCUGACGUGGUGCAGACGCGGCAGCAGGCCUUCCGAGAGAAGCUGGCCCAGCAGCAGGCCAGCGCGGCGGCCACGUCGUCGGGAGCGAGCACAUCAGCUUCGGGUACCUCAGCAGCUGGGUCCCAGAAAAGCAUACCAAAGAACGGGGAGACCUCCGUGAACGGGGAUGUGAGCGGGGCACAUGCAAUAAAUAAUAAUUCAAAACCAAUGGAGGUCGAUGGGGAGGUUGAGAUUCCCUCCAGCAAGGCCACUGUGCUUCGGGGCCACGAGUCCGAGGUGUUCAUCUGUGCCUGGAAUCCUGUCAGUGACCUCCUGGCAUCCGGGUCUGGAGACUCGACUGCAAGGAUAUGGAACCUCAAUGAGAACAACAGUGGAGGCUCCGCCCAGCUGGUCCUGAGACACUGUAUCCGCGAAGGGGGCCACGAUGUGCCCAGCAACAAGGAUGUAACCUCGCUGGACUGGAACAGCAAUGGAACACUGUUGGCUACUGGCUCCUAUGAUGGCUUUGCAAGGAUAUGGACGGAAGAUGGCAACCUGGCCAGCACCUUGGGCCAACAUAAAGGCCCCAUCUUUGCCUUGAAAUGGAACAAAAAGGGGAAUUACAUUUUGAGCGCUGGUGUAGACAAAACCACAAUAAUUUGGGAUGCUCAUACCGGAGAGGCCAAACAGCAGUUUCCUUUUCACUCAGCUCCUGCUCUCGACGUGGACUGGCAGAACAACAACACUUUUGCCUCGUGUAGCACGGACAUGUGCAUCCAUGUGUGCAGACUCAGCUGCGAUCGCCCUGUGAAAACUUUCCAAGGGCACACAAAUGAGGUCAACGCAAUCAAGUGGGACCCUUCUGGAUUGCUGCUCGCAUCCUGCUCUGAUGACAUGACCUUAAAGAUCUGGAGUAUGAAGCAGGAUGUGUGUGUCCAUGACCUGCAGGCGCACAGCAAAGAGAUCUACACCAUCAAGUGGAGCCCCACUGGGCCAGCCACCAGCAACCCCAACUCCAACAUCAUGCUUGCAAGUGCUUCGUUUGAUUCUACGGUUCGGCUCUGGGAUGUGGAGCGAGGCGUCUGCGUCCACACACUCACGAAGCACCAGGAGCCUGUCUACAGCGUAGCCUUCAGUCCUGAUGGGAAGUACUUGGCCAGCGGAUCCUUCGACAAGUGUGUCCACAUCUGGAAUACUCAGAGUGGAAACCUCGUGUACAGCUACCGGGGCACCGGUGGCAUCUUCGAGGUGUGCUGGAAUGCACGUGGGGACAAAGUGGGUGCCAGCGCAUCUGACGGCUCUGUGUGUGUUUUAGAUCUGCGGAAGUAAUCACAA